UAUCAUCAAGCAGUCAUGGCAACUACCAGUUUUCCAUCUGUUUUAUUUUACUUUUGCAUGUUCCUCUUGUGCCAUGGAUCUAUGGCUCAGAUAUUCGGACAGAGCUUUACUUUGUGGCAAAGCCCUAGACAAGGAGGUUCGAGAGGAUGCAAAUUCGAUAAGCUGCAAGCAUUUGAACCACUACAGAAAGUGCGGUCGGAAGCUGGUGUCACCGAGUACUUUGAUGAACAUAAUGAACAGUUUCGUUGUACUGGUGUAUCCGUCAUCCGUCGUGUUAUUGAGCCUCGAGGCCUCUUGCUGCCUCAAUACCACAAUGCUCAUGCCUUGGUGUACAUCCUUCAAGGUAAGGGCGUUAUAGGGUUGAAUUUCCCUGGAUGCCCAGCGACCUUCCAACAAGAGUUUCAACCGUUUGGUCAAGGGCAGUUUUCCCAGGAUCAAAGUCGAAGCCAGAAGUUUACGGAUGAGCAUCAGAGAGUUCAUAGCUUCAAACAAGGAGAUGUUGUUGCUCUGCCCGCUGGUAUUGUACAUUGGAGCUACAAUGAUGGUGAUGCACCUAUUGUAGCUGUUUAUGUCUUCGACGUAAACAACAAUGCUAAUCAACUUGAACCUAUACAAAAGGAAUUCUUGUUGGCUGGUAACAACAAUAGAGGGCAACAGUCUGAACAAAACAUAUUCAAUGGAUUCAGCAUUCAACUUCUUAGUGAAGCCCUCGGUAUCAGUCAACAAGCAGCACAAAGGAUUCGGAAUCAAAAUGAUCAAAGAGGUGAGAUAAUUCGUGUGCGUCAAGGCCUUCAAUUCUUGAAGCCCAUUGUGUCCCAACAAGGACAAGUAGAGCAGCAAGCAUACCAACCAAUUCAACAUCGGGAAGGACAAACAACCCAAUACCCGGAAGGGCAAUCAGCUCAAUAUCCAGGACAAUCAACUCAAUACCCUGAAGGGCAAUCAGCUCAAUAUCCACAAGGGCAAUCAACUCAAUACCCCAAAGGGCAAUCAACUCAAUAUCCACAAGGACAAUCAACCCAAUACCCCGAAGGGCAAUCAACCCAAUACCCGCAAGGACAAUCAACUCAAUACCCCGAAGGGCAAUCAACCCAAUACCCUCAAGGACAAUCAACUCAAUAUCCAGGACAAUCAACUCAAUACCCCGAAGUGCAAUCAACUCAAUAUCCACAAGGGCAAUCAACUCAAUAUCCACAAGGGCAAUCAAUCCAAUACGCCGAAGGGCAAUCAACCCAAUACCCGCAAGGACAAUCAACUCAAUAUCCAGGACAAUCAACUCAAUACCCCGAAGGGCAAUCAACUCAAUAUCCACAGGGACAAUCAACUCAAUAUCCACAAGGGCAAUCAACCCAAUACCCCGAAGGGCAAUCAACCCAAUACCCGCAAGGACAAUCAACUCAAUAUCUAGGACAAUCAACUCAAUACCCCGAAGGGCAAUCAACUCAAUAUCCACAGGGACAAUCAACUCAAUAUCCACAAGGGCAAUCAACUCAAUUCCCCGAAGGGCUAUCAACUCAAUACCCACAAUGGCAAUCAAUCCAAUACCCCGGAGGACAAUCAACCCAAUACCCGCAAGGACAAUCAACUCAAUACCCCGAAGUGCAAUCAACUCAAUAUCCGGGACAAUCAACUCAAUGCCCUGAAGGACACUCAACGGUCAAAAGUUUCAAUGGUCUUGAGGAGAAUGUUUGCUCAUUAAAGGCAACGCUAAACGUUGAAAGCCCCCAAGGUGCCGACACAUAUAACCCACGUGCUGGCAGGAUAACACGCGUCAACGGCAAUAAUUUCCCCAUCCUUAACAUUGUGCAAAUGAGUGCUACAAGAGUAAAUCUAUAUCAGAAUGCUAUUCUUUCACCAUUCUGGAACAUUAAUGCACACAGCGUCGUGUACAUGAUCCAAGGACAUGCUCGGGUUCAGGUCGUCAAUAACCAUGGUCAGACUGUAUUCAAUGACCGCCUUCGCCAAGGGCAGCUGCUAAUCAUACCACAACACUUUGUUGUCCUCAAAAAGGCAGAGCGUGAAGGAUUCCAAUAUAUAUCAUUCAACACCAACGCGAACUCCAUGGUUAGUCACGUCGCGGGAAAGAACUCCAUCUUGAGCGCCUUGCCUGUUGAUGUGCUCGCGAAUGCAUACCGCAUUUCCAGGCAGGAUGCCCGAAACCUCAAAAACAACAGGGGAGAAGAGCUCGGUGCAUUCACUCCUAAAGGGGCCAGCUCCCAGGCUUCCGGAGAGGAGGAUGAGGUGUGGGGUCGUCGUCUCGUCGAUAAGUAAGGCGGAAGAGUGAAUUAAGGAGUAUGAUGAUAAGUAGUAUAUUGAAAUAAUGGUGUUACUGGUGUGUAACUUGGUGUUCUAUAGAUGUUUAUCUCAAUAAAAAGUUUGUCUUGAUA